GAUGUUGAAGCGCUUGAGCUCAAUGAAAGGAAUAGAGGAAAAAUACAUCACCUUAGACCUCUCUCCAAUAGAAAACAAUCUUACGGCAGUUGUUAACGUGAUAAAAGAAGUGAACGUGACCACAAUGUCUAUCGUGGAGUCAUUAAUGUCACUCAUGUCCUUGCCCCACCCUAACGGCAAACCAAACAUAAGGUCUUUUCCAUCAAAAUUCACCCGAGUAAACAGCCUAAAGUUGUGGGAAAAAUGUGACACAACAGUUAUUCAGGUGGCAAAUAAAAGAUUGAAGGCUGUGGAGGUUGUCAUUGAGGAGCUUGAAGUUGAGUUAGAGCAUAUAUUCAGAAGGUUAAUCCAAACAAGAGUUUCACUUCUUAACUUACUCACCAACUUGAAGACAUUGCCACAUCAUAGCCCAUUGUUUUAAGGGCUUGUCUGGCUGGUUCAACUGUUACUGCUAGCCACAAAGCUAUAGAAAACAAACAAGAGAUUGUAGAUUAAAUUUCCAACAACGG